AUGUCUAUCCUUCAAAUGCCUACCGAGCUCGUCGAGGCCGUCGCACAAUACCUGUGCGACCCAGAUCUCCUCGAAUUCCGUUCGACUUGCAGAUUUGCUGACUCGAACACUUCGCGCGCUGUGGGUCGUCGCUUCUUCUCCACGUUGAAUACUACUCUGAUCAGUUCCGAUAUCGAUCGUCUAGAAACGAUUUCCCAAAGUGGCCGGUUAGCCAGAUAUGUUAAGACAAUCCAAAUCAAAGACGACGGGGCGAAUAUCAGAGAGCAUCUUCUUCGCACCACUCCGCCUCCAGAAGAGGCAAUACCGAAAGGAUGGAAACUUCGUGAACAAAAAAUCCGGAAGAUGAGAAGAGAAUGUCGCAGUUGGCCCCGCGAAAAGCCUGCGACCCUGGACUCAGACAUGAUAGCCGUUAGCAAGAUACAGACCAUACUCCAGAAGAAUCGAUUUCUGUUAGAUGCUCUGAUCAUCCGAGGCGUCUACGAAAGCUUUGGUGCAGAUAAAGAAGCUACCAUCGCACUCGCUCUAGAGACUGUCUCAACUGCAAACCUUGGAAUUACUUCGCUUCGGGUCGAGACUAUGACAAUGUGGGUCACAAAGGUAACAUUCCGUUUCGACCAGAGAAACCAGAACCAGAAAGCGGGUUUCAGCAUACUUCGAGAGGCGCAUGUGGAGAUGGAAAAUGGUCCCGCGUCGAUUUACCUGCUGAAUCAGCUCCUUUACCACGCACCAGUGUUGGGAGAUCUAACACUAGAGGGUCUUGACGCAAGAGGGAGAUGCGCAAUGGUUCCAUUCGAUACAUACGUAAAGCGAGGAGUACCUUUGGUGAAGCUCAAGAGACUACGCCUGGCAAGAUCGAGUUUUCCAGCAGGUUUUAUCCAAGAGAUUCUUUGCAACUCCAGACACACUCUGCAAGAGAUAGAAUUAGUAACUGUCCGUUUGGACUAUGCCACUGGGUUGGCGUGGAAGAAGCUCCUGUUAUACAUUGGAAAAGACUUUCCUGCUUUGAGUCAUUUUAAACUCUCGACUCUUAAACAUAUGGGUCGAACGUUACUAGACUCUUCGGAUAUACCCGAGAUGCUUGAGGCAACGUGUGAGGGGGAACUUGGAGUCUAUAGCCUGUACCAUGGGCAUGUCGAGUUCCGAGGGUCCAAUGCUUCUCAUGCUCUCCAGAUUGUAGCAUCCCAUCUGAAGACAUCAGGAUAA